AUGGCUGUAUUGUGCUGGGCGGCGCUCACCUCUGCCGCCCGGAGUGACUUGACCAAACUAUUAUCCCUAAGUGCGAGGAACAGUGACGGUUCUGUUGUCAAUGUAACCAGUGCAUCAAUAGUGAUACCAUCCUAUAGUGUUCGCAACUCGAGGAGUCCUCAAGAGUUUCAGAAAUAUGCAUUCCGGCCACGCGCUAUGCCGGAAGCAAAGUAUAAGUCGGAAGUGCUGUACCCUGGUAGCUACUUCGAUAUUCCUCAAAAGAGCGAGGAAAAACAAACGAAGGAGGUCUACUCGCAGUUCCAGCCACAGGCAAUACCUUUGAGAGAAGAAGGAAGGGAGUUGGAUGAUGAGCCGGAAGACAUCGCUGACCAGGCUACGAGAAGAUCAUUGUCAUACAUCUUUGGAGGAGAAGCAGACGAAGAACCUGACGAUGAAGAUGGAGAAUACGAACUCGAAGAAGAAGACACAGGUGAAGAGUCCAAAUCGAAGAACAAAAGAAAGAAAAAUAAAAAGGGCUUAAAGAACAAGCGUUAUUCUAAAUAUAUGCUACCUCUUCUCUUAGCCUAUAAAAUGAAAUACGUCGCAUUAGUCCCAGUUAUGAUUGGUGGACUGGUUCUAUUAGCUGGGGCCACGGGCUUGGCUGGUUUCUUCUUUGCAUUAUUCGCGGCUACAAUGGCCUUGCAGAAGGGAGGUUACUAA